GCGGGUUCGACUCUUCCCAGAGGCCUCACCAGCCGGGGAUUUGACCUCGAGACUAGGUCUGGAAUUGGCUGAUUUCUUUUUACGUUACCGACGAGCUGUUUCCGCUCCUCUCCGUCCACCUGUUUGCCACAGGUCUGACCUCCGCGGGAGGUCGCCGCCCAAAGUGUGUGUGGGGAACUUCAGGUUCAUGUCCGCGGCCUCCUACCUGCAGAGAGAACCAUCUUUCGGACUUCAGAGGUUGAGACUUCCUCCUCUGGCAUCCUUUAGGGCAUUUCCUGAGGGAAGGAGAAGGGAAUAAAACACUUGUUAUGUGCCUACCGUGUGUCUAGAGCUGUGUACGUCCCAUUUGAUCCCCAAGAUAACCCUGGAAGAAGGUGGAAAAUUUCUGUGUUGGCCCACUAGUCUUAAGCAAAGAUGCAUCCAGAUUUAUCUCCACACCUGCACACUGAGGAAUGUAAUAUCUUAAUUAACCUAUUAAAAGAGUGCCACAAAAAGCACAGUGUCCUGAAAUUUUUUGGUCACUGUAAUGAAAUUGAUCGUGAGAUGCGGAAAUGCCUAAAAAAAGAGUAUGGAGAAAGGAGGGCCAAGAGCAGGGCAAUUGGAGAAGCUAAGCGACAGAAACUUUCUGGUAUUUCAGAAGAGUCAGAGAACUGAGUUCUGCUUUCACUGGACAUCUUGACCAAGAGAUAGAUAAACAUUUGGACGUUUAGCUAAUAACUUAAAAGAAUGUCACCAUUCUUAAAUGAACCCUUUUAUGAGCUUCAGAGAAAUUUGGAAAUUGGUAGUAUAAGACUUGCAAGACUACAAGUUUGAGCCUUCCUUGCCAUCAACAAAACACCAACAUUUCAAUAAUUACUAUUUGUUUAUUGCCUCCUCUAAGAAAAUCAUUAUUUUCCUUAUGUCUGCUAACCUAGAGAAAUAAAGGACAUUGCUAACAGCCUUGCCUUCAUACUAACAUAAAAGUAUUGAUACUUCGCUUCAGUAUCCAAAAACAUCCGUGUUCCUUCCAUAAGAUCUAAGCCGUCUUCUGUACCUUCGGAGACGCUCUUCAUGAAUUGUUGACUGGAAAAAAUACUUUUAAAAAAAGUAAUGAAAAGUUGAAGAUGGAGGGUUCUGGGAAUAUUGCCCAAGAUAAAGAUGUUCUAGUUUUCAUUUAUACAUGGAACACAAUUUUCCUCAUUGAUUAAAAGUUUGUGAUUCAGA